AAUAUAGCCGGCCGGGCGGCGGGAGGCGUGUGUCUCCGCAGCGAUCCUCGGCUACGUCCUCCUCUGAGCUAGCUGCCCUGCCUGCCUGCGCACCCCGGAUCGCCGCGAUGGCCGGACCCCGGUCCUUCCUGCUGCUGCAGCUGCUGCUGCUCGCCCUGGUCUUAGCGGUCCACGCCGACCGUCUGCCCCGCCUCAUAGGCGGCCUCACGGAAGCCAACGAGAACGAGGAGGGCGUGCAACAAGCGCUCAACUUCGCCAUCAAAGAAUUUAACCGGGCCAGCAACGACAAGUACGGCAGCCGAGUGUUCAGGGUGCUGCGAGUCAGGAAGCAGCUUGUGGCUGGUGUGAAAUACUAUAUUGAUGCUGAGGUUCGUCGAACCACGUGCACCAAGUCUGUGGCUGACCUUGCAAGCUGCCCCUAUCAUGAGGACCCAGCUCUGAAAAAGCACUCCGUCUGCGUAUUUGAGGUGUACACUAUUCCUUGGUUGGGCAAAACCACCCUCUUGAAGAACGAAUGCAAAGAUGCCUAGGCGCCUCCUUGCACACAUCUGCGACCAGCCUGAGCUGCAGCUGUUCUCUCCUUUUUGAAAAAAGAGCAAUAAUACAACCCAUUUGAUUCAUUAUUGCUUAACUGUUAGUUAGUGCUGUGCAAGGUAAUGAUGUAAUCUCCUCCCUAAGCUGGCAGGAGGAGGAAAUAAAGGCUUGUCAAAGUACCUUUUGGAAUUA